UUUCAGAGCACUGGCCAGUCAGAGGUUUCCAAAAUGGCGAAGAAACUUGUAGCGGAUAAAACACCUCAAAACGAGGAAAAUGUUAAAAAUAAUGACGAUAUACUUAAUGAUGACGAAGAGCCGAACUUCAGCGAUCCCGAAGGAUUCGUCGAUGAUAUCACCGACGAAGAACUUCUUGGCGAUAUCUUGAAACAAAAGCCUUCAGAGACAGAUGGUGUAGAAUCAGUAAUUGUUAUUGAUGGAGUUCCCCAGGUGGAACCUGAAAGACUAGAGAAACUUCAAUCAGUCAUCAGCAAAGUUUUGGGAAAAUUUGGUACCAUAGUGAAUCAAUACUAUCCCAAAAAUGAAAAUGGGUAUACAAAGGGAUAUAUAUUUCUGGAAUACAACAAUCCCCUUAAUGCUUUGGCAGCUGCUCAGACUGCGAACAAUUAUAAAAUUGACAAACAACACACAUUUAAAGUGAACUUGUUCACUGAUUUCAAGAAGUUUGAAGAAAUUCCAGAUGAAUGGGAACCUCCGAAACCACAACCGUUUAAAGCAGCGACUGAUCUUCACUAUUAUCUUUUAGAACCAGACGCUUACGACCAAUUUUGUGUACUAUGUGGUAACGGUCCCUCCGUUACCGUUCAGCUUUGGCAGAAUUCUGCCCCUGAACCAUCAUUACUCGAAGAACGUGCUCGCUGGACAGAGACGUACGUGAAAUGGUCCCCAUUGGGAACGUACUUGUCAACGUUCCACAAAUUGGGUGUUGCAUUAUGGGGUGGACCCCAAUUUGUACAACAAGCCCGAUUCAGUCAAAAGGGUGUUGAAUGCAUAGAUUUCUCACCCGGAGAGCGCUACUUAGUAACGUACACUCCGCGUACUGAUCUUGGAUCAGAUCAGAAACGUCUUGUAAUAUGGGACAUUCUUACAAACCAAGAAAAACGUGCAUUUUAUGCAGACGGUUCUUCGGUCUGGCCGAUUUUCCGCUGGUCGCAUGAUGACACGUAUCUCGCUCGUAUGGGCGAUGAUAUUUUGAGCGUUUAUGAAACACCUUCUUUCGGAUUAUUGGAUAAGAAGAGUAUAAAAAUCCCCGGUAUCAGAGACUUCAGUUGGUCUCCAACUGAUAAUAUUCUUGCUUACUGGGUACCAGAAGAUAAGGAUGUCCCAGCCAGAGUUACGCUUCUCGAAAUUCCGAACCGUAAUGAAAUUCGUAACAAAAACUUGUUCAACGUGGCCGACUGUAAAAUCUACUGGCAAAAAUCUGGAGACUAUCUCUGUGUAAAAGUAGAUCGUUUUGCUAAACGAAAAGAGAAGACGGAACAGAAAUACACCGGCAUGUCGUACAACUUCGAGAUCUUUCAUAUGAGAGAGAAACAAAUUCCAGUUGAUAGCGUAGAAAUAAAAGAGCCGAUCCAUGCAUUCGCUUGGGAACCUAUCGGUAACAAGUUCGCUAUUAUUCACGGAGAGAUUCCAAGCGUUAACGUCAGUUUUUACGAAGUACGAUGUGGUCAUCAGCCUGCUCUCCUAAAGAAAUUAGAGAAGAAAGCUUGCAAUCAUCUGUUCUGGUCGCCAUCCGGACAGUUCAUUGUUCUUGCUGGAUUGACGACCAUGGCAGGAGCCUUAGAAUUCAUUGAUACUAACGAUUUUACCAUUAUGAACUCGACUGAUCACUACCAAACGUCGGAUGUAGAAUGGGACCCGACUGGACGGUACGUUGUAACCGCCGUCUCCAGUUGGAAAACGAGCGUUGACAAUGGAUACUGGAUAUGGACGUUCCAAGGACGUAUUUUGAAGAGAGUUAAUCUUAAUCAGUUUAAUCAACUACUGUGGCGACCAAGACCACCGACGUUGUUGACGCCAGAACAAAUUAAAGAAAUCAAGAAAAAUUUGAAAAAAUAUUCUGCACAGUUUGAAAGCAAAGAUCGUAUGCGGUUGACCCGUGCUUCAAAGGAACUGAUCGAGAAACGCUGUGCGGCAAUGAAAGCAUUUGAGGAGUAUCGUUCGAAACGUAUUCAAGAAUGGAACAAUCAAAAGAAACGUCGCUUAGAAUUACGUAACGGUAUUGACACCGACGAAUUAGAUUCUGAUGCAAACAAUGUGGAAGAGGAAGUAAUAGAAUUUUUCGUCAAGGAAGAAACGUUCGUCAUUGACGAGAAAUAAAGCUUUCGUGAAAGAGAAGUUCUACUCUCUGCCAUUUUUGGAAAUCUCUAGUGCAAAACCGAGAAGUGUGCAGCAAAGUAAAUUAUCUUUCAGAGUCACAUUUAAUUGUGACUCUCAAUAAUAGUGGACUGAAAUGACUGUUCUAAGUGGUUACGAACAGUUUCUUUUAUAUUACUUUUGCAAUUUAAUUGGAAUUGUUUCCACUUUUCCGACGUUGCGUAUCAAACGUCGGAAGCAUAGAACCAUAAUGUUUUAUCACGUUCCAUACAGGAUAGUAUGUCAAUCAACAAAUAAUUAUUGUCAGUAUAAAUACAUACCACCAUGUACUUCUUU